CGCGCAUUCUGAUAAUAAAUAAUAUUUCUAAUCGCGAAUAGUUGGACUCGCAAAUGCAGCCGAGGCCAUUUCCGCAUUAUUCUUUCCUCUUGUACGAGCGACACCCUUUGGCUUCAUGAUUUCUUGUGACGUAUGGACAGAAUCUGGCCGAGUGCAAGUUCUUUGCCUCUACACAAAGAUCCUUUGCGUCCCUGUCACUCGAUUACGGAACCUUUUGCAACAGACGUCAACUCAAACGCGUUCGAACUUUCCAGGGUCGGUCUCGUAGACUCUUCAACCUCGUCGUCUGAUGAGAUGCUGAACCUGCUGGCCUGGCCUGGCCUUGAUGAGUUGGAGCAUAACUCUGCCCUGCCCUGCUGUUGUGACUCUGCAAAGCAACGAUGAGCUCUUCAAGGCCUAAAUGACGCAGUUUCGACAUCUCUUGUACUGGAUUGAAUUUUCUCAAUGGCGAAGAGAAGACCGACUACGAAGUUGGUAUCACUGUUUUGUGUCACAUUGUUUACAUGUGUUUGUGGUGUGAUUGUGCCCGAGCAUCCAAUCACAUUACGCAGCUUGGGUACCGUCGAAGUCCUUUUGUCUCCAGUUGUCGCUGUCACACCUCCCUCCGUCAUGCUAACAUGCUUCCAGUGUACCACCAUUUGAUUACACAUGAAGGUUCACUCAUUGAAUCUUUAUGGCCAAGUGAUGGAGAACCUCUUGAGCACAAGGCACAAGCUUCCUUUCUUCUCUGCCUCCGCCUUUAUUGGAGUAUCAACUUUUACCAUGCUCUCCCAUGUUCCCUCUCAACCUGCAUGGAUGACUUGAUCAUUCAUUCACGCUGCUCAUCGACACUCAUGAAAUCUGGGGCAAAAUGUCAUCGUUGCUCCCUGAGUCGAGUCAACCUUGUGUACCUCGAGUAAGUACUUCAUGAUCCUCAUGGAAAGAGCACUCGCGUUGGAACGGCUGCCAGAGCUUCAGGGGACAGGAGCGAGGGCCAUGGCAAGGGGGAAGCCAUUGGUCGGGUUUGAAGGGUCGUUCCAACAUUCUGAUUGACAUCUUUUUUUCGUGUCCAAAGAAAAAGAAGAAGAGUCUGAAAUGAUAUGAAGAAGAUAUGAAGAAGAAGGUUCGAGGUUAUAAGUGAUUAAGUGAAUACAGAAACAGGAGGAGGAUUCCAGACCAGAGGACCAUGGAGGGCAGGGAUGUCGUCUUGCGCACAUUAAACAAGUCCUCCUCUGAAGCCACUCACUUUACGGAGUGUCGUGUCGCAGGUGUUUGUCUUCACGUGCGUGCAUGCACGCGCUCGAUUGAAGAGAGGGUUGUGUUGACCUCGGUCUAAAUCUGUAGAGCGCUUUAUCGUUUUUGUGGUGAUGGAUUUUGUCCUACUGAAUGCAGUUAUUUCCUGCUCUCAUAUUCAGGCGUCAUGGAUCCAAAACUUCGAAUAAGAUCGAUUGGAUAAGCCUCGAGCAUCUGCUACGGCCAUCCAUCAUCUUCGAGCGUUUUGACGUUGAGCAAAUCCGAAGACCUGACCAUGCAGUCCGACCAUUUUCUUCGUCUUUCUGAAACAUUCAUAACGCUCUGUAAAGGUUCUACAAAAUCCUUUCACUGGAGUAAGGCUUGCAGAGGACAUUCGAGAGUUCAAACAAUGAGCUACUCUAGAAACUUUUUCUCUCGACCAUCAAUGGAAGUUUCCACAUGUAUCUUCGAAGGUCUGUAAAGAUGGAAUCCUCUUAUAUCAGGAAGCCGGGCAUAAAAUCUUUGAAUUCUGAAUCCAGGAAUCGAUGUGUCCUACAGCAAAAAAAGUGAACUUUAAGAUGCGUGAUGUUUGUGAGAGGCAAGCGUAUAUUAUAUGGAACGCAUGAGGAGACAGAAAUAGUCAUACGCCGGCCAGUGAUGCAUUGAAAUGAACACUUCAUAGUUGUCUGGUGGAAGUUGGACACACUGUCACAAGGUGCCGAAAGAGUCGGUUUGAACUUUAUCCACCCAGACUCAAUCCUCGGUUCUAGUCAACCGUUUAUAAAUAUUUUGAACCAUCUGAAUCCAG